AUGUCCACUUCUCUUUCCGAUUAUCCAACAAUUUUAAAGCCUCUCGUUCCGUAUUUGCAGAGAGCCAACGAAUUUGAAAAACGUGCUCCUAUUGUGAGCUUUUAUUGUAGAACGUAUGCUGUUCAGUUGGGAAUUUCAAUUGUGCAAUCUCAAGAUCAAUCCGAUGAUGAAGCUACUCAAAUUUUAACGGAUUUGAUGGAUCGAUUGGAGCAAGACAAGGAACAAUUGAAUAUUGAAGCUCAGGAAUCUGAAGCAAAGGAUAUGGUAGAAAUGUUUGCUUUGAAGGUUUUUAAGAAGGCCGAUGAUGCUGAUCGAGAAGGAAGACACGAUACUCAAAUCGCAAAAUUGUACUAUGCAGCAUCUAUUCUGAUUGAAGUCACCAAGCAGUUUGGAGAUUUGUCAUCAAAUAUGGUGGAAAAACAAAAGUAUGCCAAAUGGAGAGCAGCUGAAAUUCAAAAAUCAAUUCGUACUGGUCAACCAGUUCCUCCCGUAGAAGAUCAACAAGCUGAAGACCAAGACGAUCAAUUACAAUAUUAUUCUAAUCAACAAAUUAAUCCUGGAGGUAACCAAAGUUCGGAAGAGGAUGAAGUUAAUAGGUAUUUACAAGAGCAGGAAAAUCAAUUGGCAAAGGAAAGACAAUCUUCAACACCAAGCUAUGAUUGGAACAACAACACAUUAUCACUGCAACAGACUCAAUUUAAUCAAUAUCAACUUCAACAACAGCAACCUCAGAAACAACAAAACGACUAUAUGAAUGUUUCACCAACAACAUCUUCCGAAGAAACUUCAUUCGAACAACCAAAGACGUUCAGCCAACUUCAACAACAAUUUAACACUCCGUCAUCAUCUUGGAGUAACCCACAACAACCUAAACAGGAAACGUCAUUCAAUACAUCACCUGCAUUCAAUAAUGCAUCUAGUAACAACAUCCAACCUUCAUCCUCAGCAAGUCAACAAUUAUCACAACAAAAGCCUACCACUCAACAACAACGAGCUACUACUGCUUCUCCUCCAACAAUUUCUCAGACUUCAUUGCAAUCAGGUACACCACCCCCACAACAACAUCAUGUGACAAGUCAUGUCACUACCAGCAGUGGAGGAAAUAAGGAAAUACCUCUCGAUAACAUGAUGAAAGCACAAAAGUUAUGUAAAUUCGCCAUUAGUUCGCUUCAAUUCGAAGAUGUGGAAACUGCCAGAAAGAAUCUGAUAGAAGCUUUAAAUUUAAUUAGUUAA